AUUCCUUGAAUUCCGUCUUCAACCUUUACGUUAGCAAAGUCAAAUCUCCCAGUAUAAGCUAUCUCACUCCUCAUCCUAUAAAUUCAUGAAAAAUCCCAAUUAUUGAAUUCACAAUUUGCCCAACAAAAUCAAGAUAAAUUCGUUGCUCUCUCUGGUUUUUAAUUGGAGAAAUUCAAGCAUACUCUGGUUUCUUAAUUGCUGCUUCAUCCUCGGUGUUGCCGGAUAUAUUCGCCAGAUAGUUGGUAAUUUGGACGAUAGUUGGAAAGUGGUGAACGUCUGACUUCUUCUUCCGUGUUGUUACUACUGUAGGUUUCGCCAACCACACCGGUUCAAGGUUUCCUGUGAUUCUUUAGCGUUGUUCGUAGGUUCGUGCAUCAGUUCGUGCGUUGCUACACCGGUUCAAGGUUUCCUGCGAGUCUUUAGCGUUGUUCGUAGGUUCGUGCAUCGGUUCGUGCGUUGCAUCUGCUCUUUGAUACUAGAGGCUCAUGAUAUUACUGAUUUAGGCUCUCUGAAUCAAGCAGCAAAGAUCUUUAUUCCAGGAACUAAAAUAUGAGUUACAGGACUAAAAGAACAUUGGUAGCUAUUGACGAAGGGUCGAGCAUUGCUGCAUCCAAGUCCCCAAAAUCUUCUGAUCCAUCCACCCAAAACUGGGGACCGUUCAGUCCUCCAACACUUGGAGUGUCACAGACAUUUGGGACGGUAUCACAACCCAUUAAGCAACCAGUAGCUGCUAAAAAAACCAUGGUUGCACCACAAUCAUCCUUGCCUCGGCCUACUUCCAUGGUUUCAAAGCCACAACUGAAGGCAUUAUCAAAACCAUCCUUUACCCAGACAAAACCAUCCUCUAACCCAUUACGACAACCAAUUCCGCCCACUCUUACAGGAACAACACAAAGUAGAUGGUAUAAAGGACCUACGUUUCCCAAUCUGACUGAAAUUGCAACACAAAAAGCGUCAACACCGAAUCCACACCAGCCUACUAUGCAGCCUGUGUUGCAGCCUUUCAAAGCUACCUUGCAGCCUUCUUUGCAGCCUUUCAAAGCUUCCCAACAGCCUCAAACAGCUACCAAUCAGCCUCAAAAAGCUACCCAUCAGCUUCAAAAAGCUACACAACAGCCUCAAAAAGCUACACAACAGCUGGUAUCUUCUUUUACAAGUGUCAAACCACAUUUAGAGAAAAGAGCAUUUGUUGCACCUUUGGGAGCAACAAAACAUGUGAUGUCACAAUCUCCUACACCACCAGACACCAUGGCAAUGAAAAAGAGAACCGGGAAGCAAGAAGGUUAGUUGCCUCCAACAUACAUGCAUGUGAGUGAGAAUGCAUUUCAACCUCUGCGAUCUCCUCCAUCCAAUCAGGUUGAGAGUGAAGUUAUGCCAAACUACAACUGGGACGAAUUUGAAGAAUCGGCUUCUGAGAGUGAAAAUGAAUUUGAUCAAGGAGAAGGAAGUGAUACUGCUGUGAAGAAAGCAACACUUCGACAUCGAAUCAUUAUUCCAAAUUGGCCAGAAUCGAGGGAGUUUGAUGAGAAGGUGGAGGCUAUAACUAUAGGU